AUGCGGACUUCUCACAGCGUUGCCGUUGCCCUCGGGGCCGGCAUCCAGCUCGCGGCCGCCGCUCCGGUUUGCGGCGGCGGAAGCACAUCGGACACCCUUUGGGUCACCACCUACCCCAUCGGUGAGGGUUCCGGCGAGCUCAUCACCCUCAAGCUGGAAGGGUCGACGCUCGAGAACGUCGCCCAGUCCGAGACCUGCGGUCCCUACCCCUCGUGGCUGACCCAAGCCGACGAUGUUCUCUACUGCGUCAACGAGGCCUGGGGCGGCGACCACGGCGAUCUCGCAGCCCUCCAGAUCAACGACGAUCUCAGCUUCACCAAGCUCAGCGGCGGUGAGACCAUCGGCGGGCCCGUGAGCACCGUUGUCUACGGCAAUGGUGGCCGUGGAUUGGCUGUUGCCGAUUACGGUGCAGGAGGUAUCGACACCUUCAACAUUGAGGACCCCAAGGCGAUUACCCUGAUCAAGUCCCUGAAGUACCCCAUCCCUGAGGACGCCACCGAGAACCCCCAGGACAUCGCCCGCCCGCACGAGGCCAUCCUGGAUCCCACUGGAGAUUUCCUCGUCUUCCCCGAUCUCGGUGCCGACCUUCUCCGUGUCCUGAAGGUGGACAAGGAGACUCUGGAGUACACCGAAACGGAGAGCCACGUGCUUACCCGUGGCACCGGCCCCCGCCACGGCGCCUUCUUCACCUCCGGCGACAGCACCUUCUUCUACGUCGUCUGCGAGCUCGCCAACCUCCUCCAGGGCUUCUCCGUCACCUACGCCGAGGACGGGCUCACCUUCACCCAGAUUUACAGCGCUAACACCCACGGCGAGGCCGACGCGCUCCCGGAAGCGGUUGCUGCCGCCGAGAUUUUCCUUGCUCCCAACAGCAACUUCCUGACACUCUCGUCCCGCUACGAGAACGCGCUCGAGUACACCGUCGCCAACGGCACCGUCGUCCCCUCGGACCCGCUCAUCACCUUCUCCAUCGACGCCACGUCCGGCGAGCUCACCCACGUCCAGACCGCCCCCGCCGGCGGCGCCAACCCGCGCCACUUCUCCUUCAACAGCGACGGCAGCCGCGUCGCCUCGGCCCUGCAGGCCGACGGCCGCGUCGUCAUCUUCGAGCGUGACACCGCCACCGGCAAGAUCGGCAACGUCGUUGCCGAGGUUGAUGUCGCGGGCAUGCCUAACUUUGUCUCGUUCAAGCAGUAG